UCUACGUAAUUUUCUCAGAUUAUACCUAGAUAUACCUAAUUAGUGCUUACCGAGUUUUAAAAUGGAAGUUGAAUCUGAGUACAAGAUAUUAAAUCUAUACAAAACUAGAGAGUAUGAUAAAUGUAUUAAAUUGUGCGAUGUGGUACUCCAAAACAAGGGAGAUCGGAUGGUGGAGUACAUACGAAUGCGAGCUAUGACUAUUCAGGCUAAAAUUGCCGGAAAUGGUUAUGAAGAAGUUAACUAUUUUUCACCACAAGAUGAAUUAACAUCAACAACAGUGGCCAAAACCCCUCGACCAGGCACUUCAUUUCAAAGGGCAAUAAAAACGGCACAUACAGAAAUUCCUCCUCUUACCGCAACAUUAGCAUCUAGGUCUGGAACUCAUACAUCGCGCGUUCGCACCGCAAGAACUGCUCUCCAUACCGCAGCCAGGGCUUCAAGAGCAGCUACUGCUUUAGCCGGCGGCAGUGCGUUUGUUUUGGAUGCACCGAUUACACUUAGGUUCCUGAAUAAAGAUGAUAAACUAUUUAUCCCUGCCGCAAAAACUUUAUUUGAGUACAUUUAUUACUGCGAAGGUAACGUGCGCAAGGCUAUGGAGGUCGCUUUUCAAGCUCAAAAAAUGACCGACACAUCUGACUGGUGGUGGAACUUCGCACUUGCACGUUGUUAUGAAUCUCUCGGAAUGUACCGUAAUGUAGAAGAAUGCCUACGGAAGUCGCUCAGUCAGAAUAAGCAUAUUUCAAUUUAUUUACGGUUAAUUGCCAUGUACGUUGGUAUUAACCAGCCUCUAUCAGCUUUAGACGUGUGUAAACAAGGCCUGUCAGUAUUUCAUGAAUACACUCCACUUUUGUUGGAACAGGCACGCAUUCAUGAACAAAUGGGAAAUUCAGCUGUUGCUGUUAAAUAUUACAGAAUGGUUGCAAUAGAAGAUCCGUCCAGCAUGGAAGCGAUUGCAAAUAUAGCAAUGUACAACUUUUAUAACGAUCAACCGGAAAUUGCCCUUAGAUAUUACAGGCGGCUUCUAGCAACAAGUCCUCCUGGUCCAGAGAUUUACAACAACCUCGGCUUAUGCUGUCUCUACUGCAAUCAGUGGGACCUUACACUGCCAUGUUUCAGACAAGCGCUCUAUUACUCGGUGAAUCCAGAAUCUCGCUCAAACAUUUGGUUCAACUUAGCUCAUGUUGCGCUGUCAACAGGAGACAUGACACUCGCGCGACGCUGUCUUCUGGCAAGCGUGGCCACCUUUGAAAAUGGACCAGCAAGGAGAGCUUUGCGCGCUUUGGACAUGCGUUUGCGCGCUAGGAAAAAAUAA